CCAUUAUUCCGUCCCCUCAUACUGUUCAGUGCUAGCAACAGACUGUCCCUCUGUCCCAAUUCCAGACUCGGGGUAAAGUAAAAGUGAGCGAGGUAGAAAAAAGUAGAGGGUCGUGGCCCGUGAGUGGCCUGGCCAUUGGCAAAGGCGGGGGUGAAGGGAGAAGAAGAAACACAUCGUCGGAGGCUAUAAAGGUCUCAAAUCUCUCUGCUGUUGCUGUGUGAUGUAGCAAUUUCCUCUACUCUUCUCUCCUCCAUUCUCCUUGCCGUCCACAGUCAUUCCUCCAAGAAUCACGGUCCGUGUUUCUCUCUAAUUGUCUAUUGUUCUCGUUCUCAGUCAAUUGCCCACCAUGAGUCUCGAUAUCACCAUCACCGGAUGGCAGACGCGCGAUGUGCGCUUCCCCACGUCCCUGGACAAGACCGGUUCUGAUGCCAUGAACGCUGCUGGUGACUACUCUGCCGCCUACUGCAUUCUCGAGACCGACUCCAAGUACUCUGGACACGGCAUGACCUUCACAAUCGGCCGAGGAAACGAUAUUGUCUGCAAGGCGAUCGACUACCUGGUCGAGAGAAUCAAGGGCAAGAAGCUGUCAGACCUGGUCUCAAAUUGGGGCCAGACCUGGAGAUACCUCGUCAACGACAGCCAGCUGAGAUGGAUCGGUCCCGAGAAGGGUGUCAUCCACCUGGCCCUCGGCUCCGUCGUCAAUGCCAUCUGGGAUCUGUGGGCCAAGGUCCUCGGCAAGCCCGUCUGGCGCAUCGUCGCCGACAUGUCUCCGGAGGAGUUUGUCGCCUGCAUUGACUUCCGUUACAUCACCGACGCCAUCACCCCCGAGGAGGCCAUCCAGCUCCUCAAGGAGCAGGAGCCCACAAAGGCCCAGCGCAUCAAGGACGCCGAGAACAGCCGCGCCGUCCCGGCCUACACCACCAGCGCCGGCUGGCUCGGCUACGGCGAGGACAAGAUGAAGGGUCUCCUCCAGGAGACCCUCGGCAAGGGAUACCGCCACUUCAAGCUCAAGGUCGGCAGCAGCGUCGAGCAGGACAAGAGGCGCCUGAGCAUCGCCCGCGAGGUCAUUGGCUACGACAGCGGCAACAUCCUCAUGGUCGACGCCAACCAGGUCUGGUCCGUGCCCGAAGCCAUCGAGUACAUGAAGCAGCUCAAGGAGUUCAAGCCCUGGUUCAUCGAGGAGCCCACCUCCCCCGACGACAUCCUCGGCCACAAGGCCAUCCGCGAGGCCCUCAAGCCCUACGGCAUCGGCGUCGCCACCGGCGAGAUGUGCCAGAACCGCGUCAUCUUCAAGCAGCUCCUCAUGUCGGGCGCCAUCGACAUUUGCCAGAUCGACGCCUGCCGCAUGGGUGGCGUCAACGAAGUCCUCGCCGUCCUCCUCAUGGCCAAGAAGUUCAACGUCCCCAUCGUUCCUCACUCGGGCGGUGUCGGCCUGCCCGAGUACACCCAGCACCUGAGCACCAUCGACUACGUCGUCGUCAGCGGCAAGCUCUCCGUGCUCGAGUACGUCGACCACCUGCACGAGCACUUCCUCAACCCCUCCGUCAUCAAGGACGGGUACUACCAGACGCCCACCGAGCCCGGCUACAGUGUCGAGAUGAAGGCCGACAGCAUGGACCAGUACAGCUACCCCGGCAAGCAGGGCAUCAGCUGGUGGACCAGCGACGAGGCCAAGCCCAUUAUUGAGGGCGAGAAGAUUUAAAGAAAUGAGUUUUUUUUACGACUCUCAGGUUCAAGGGGUCGAGCAGAGUGUAUAAAUGCUCGUCAGCAGGGAAACGAUGGCAUCCUGCAUGGUACGGUAAGCCGCCGGCCAUCUUUUGUUACCGACUUAUGAGGAUCAAUGGGGUCCGGCCAGGGACGAAGGUCGGUCCGCAGGGCAACGAUGGCAUCCUGCAUAGUCACGUUUAUGGCUAUCCUGUGCAUUUGGGCACAAGAAACAAAUUCGGGGGGUCUGGCGAAUAGAGCCAGGCCGCAGGGCAACGAUGGCAUCCUGUAUGGCGC